CUCCUGGGGCUGUGACUGCGCUUCUCUCCCAAUCCUUCCUUUUUGCUCCAUUCCAACUCAAUGUUGCGGCUGCGGCUGCUGCACCUCCUCCCAUGAACUCCCUCCCACUUCCUUCCAAGGAGUUCCUUCUGUCAGGGCAGAGCUGGGAGCAGGAGGAGGAGAAGCCUGAAGGAUCAGUGGAGAGCACUUCUUUCUGUGGAGAGUGGAGCUCCUUGGCUGAGCAUCACUUUUGGUGGACCUUUGGGCAGGUGGCCACCACUGCCACCAAUUCCCUCUUGGGCCUCCAUGGACUUCUACGGAGGGCUGACGGUCGCCUGGGCUCUCUGCCUCCUCCCAGGAUUCUGUGAUGCUUUCAACAUCGACACCAAAAGGCCGCGGAUCAUACCAGGCUCCAAGGAGGCGUAUUUUGGCUACACGGUUCAGCAGCACGAAAUCAAUGGGAAGAAAUGGUUGGUGGUAGGAGCUCCAUAUGAGACCAGCGGCCAUCAGAAGACCGGCGACGUCUACAAAUGUUCAGUGAAUGGCGAAACCAACAGUACCUGUUCCAAACUCAAUCUCGGAAGAGUAACUCUUUCCAAUGUGUCGGAGCGCAAGGACAACAUGCGCCUGGGUCUGAGCCUGACCACAAACCCCAAAGACAACAGCUUUUUGGCCUGUAGCCCUCUCUGGUCUCAUGAGUGCGGAAGUUCUUACUACACCACAGGAAUGUGCUCUCGAGUGAACUCCAACUUCAGAUUCUCCAAGACGGUGGCUCCAGCCCUCCAGCGAUGCCAGACGUACAUGGAUAUCAUUAUCGUUUUGGAUGGUUCCAACAGCAUCUAUCCCUGGGCGGAAGUUCAGGAUUUCCUGAUCAAGAUCCUGAAGAAGUUCUACAUUGGACCAGGCCAGAUUCAGGUUGGAGUCGUGCAAUACGGGGAAGACGCGGUGCAUGAGUUUCACUUGAACGACUACCGCUCUGUCAAGGAUGUGGUGGCAGCCGCCCGACACAUUGAGCAACGCGGAGGCACCUUAACCCAGACGGCAUUUGGGAUUGAGUUCGCCCGCUCAGAGGCCUUCAAGAAAGGCGGCCGGAAGGGAGCCAAGAAAGUUAUGAUUGUGAUCACAGACGGCGAGUCCCACGACAGCAUUGAUCUGGAGAAGGUCAUCGAAGGCAGUGAGAAGGAUAAUGUCACCCGCUAUGCUGUGGCCGUCCUUGGUUACUACAACAGGAGAGGGAUCAACCCUGAAGCUUUUCUGAACGAAAUCAAGUACAUCGCGAGCGACCCUGAUGAAAAGCAUUUCUUCAACGUCAGCGACGAAGCUGCCCUGAAAGACAUUGUGGACGCUCUUGGAGAAAGGAUUUUCAGCCUGGAAGGAACCAACAAGAAUGAAAUCUCCUUCGGCCUCGAAAUGUCCCAGACGGGAUUUUCAUCGCACAUUGUCGAAGAUGGGAUCCUGCUGGGGGCGGUGGGGGCCUAUGACUGGAACGGCGCCGUCCUGAAGGAGACCAGCAGUGGAAAAGUGGUUCCCCAUCGGGAGUCCUACCUCCAGGAGUUUCCGGAGGAGCUGAAGAACCACGGAGCCUAUCUGGGUUAUACCGUCACUUCGGUAGUGUCAAAAAAGCUGGACAGGAUCUACGUGGCGGGGGCACCCCGCUUUAACCACACUGGGAAAGUGAUCAUCUUCACAAUGCACAUCAACCGCAACCUCACUAUCUACCAGUCGCUGAAAGGGGAGCAGAUCGGUGCCUAUUAUGGAAGCGAAAUUAAUUCUGUGGAUGUUAAUGGGGACGGGGUCACCGAUAUUUUGUUGGUUGGAGCCCCAAUGUAUUUCAGCGAAGGAAGAGAAAAAGGCAAAGUCUAUGUCUAUACCCUCAAAGAGGACCGAUUUGUCUCCAGUGGAUCAUUAAUGGACUUACCAAGCUACCAAAACUCCCGCUUUGGCUCCUCCAUUGCUUCUGUCUCGGACCUGAACCAGGACUCUUUCAACGACGUUGUUGUCGGGGCUCCACUGGAAGACGACCACCAGGGAGCCAUCUAUAUCUUCCAUGGCUAUAAAGAAAACCUCCUCCGGAAAUACAAGCAGAGAAUCCCGGCAGCCGAGCUUUCUCCAGGCUUGAUGUAUUUUGGGUGCAGCAUCCACGGGAAUCUGGACCUGAACGAAGAUGGCCUUGUCGACCUCGCUGUCGGCUCCCUUGGAAGCGCUGUGUUGCUUUGGUCUCGCAGUGUUGUCCGGAUCAAUGCCAGCCUCCGCUUUGAGCCCUUCAAGAUCAACAUCUUCAACAAGGACUGCAUCCGGAACGGAAAGGACGCCACCUGCCUCUCGGCCUUCCUUUGCUUCAUGGCCGUCUUCCUCUCGGCUCACUUCCAAGCAGCCAGCGUCACCCUGAAUUACAACGUCACCAUCGACGAGCGGCGGUACGUUCCCAGAGCCCAUCUUGACGAAAACGGAGACCGACUCACCCACAAAACGGCCACGCUAUUGGCAGGUCAAGAGCAAUGCGAGAGGAUGAAUUUCCAUGUCUUGGAUACAGCUGACUAUGUGAAGCCAGUCACAUUUUCCGUUUCCUAUGGCUUGGAUAGUCCUCACAAUGGAGCGGUGAUGGAGGAUGGGUGGCCAACUUCACUGAAAGUGGCUGUCCCCUUCUGGAAUGGCUGCAAUGAAGAUGAGCAUUGCAUCCCAAAUUUGGUCCUUGAUGCUAAAACUGACAUCCCGACUGCCAUGGAGUAUUGCAGGCGCGUACUGAGGAAACCACAUUCAGACUGCUCCACCUACACGCUGUCCUUCGAUGCCUCCAUUUUUGUCAUAGAAAGUUCCAGGAGGAGGGUGGCUGUGGAGGCCACACUGGAAAACGCCGGGGAAAACGCAUACAACACCGUCCUGAACAUUUCCUUCUCCAGAAACCUGCAGUUUGCAAGCCUGAUCCAGAAGGAUGACCUGGACAUUAACAUUGAAUGCAUGUCUGAGGAGAAGCAUCCAAACAGCAGGCUUUGCAACGUCAGCUACCCGUUCUUCAGAGCCAAAGCAAAGGUGGCUUUCCGCCUGGAUUUCGAGUUCAGCAAGUCUGUUUUCCUGCAAAGCCUGGAGAUCUUUCUAACCACCAAGAGUGACAGCGAAGAACAGGAAAGCACCAAAGGAGACAAUUCAGUCCUCCUGAAAUUCCCACUGAAGUAUGAAAGUGAUCUCCUCUUCACCAGGAGCUCAAGUCAGGACUAUUAUGAGAUCAAAUCCAACAGUUCUCUGGAGAGGUACGACAGCAUUGGCCCCCCUUUCAAUUGCACCUUUAAGCUCCAGAACCUGGGCCUUUUCCCCGUUGAUGGGGUGGCCAUCAAAAUCACGGUCCCAGUUGCCACGCGAGGAGGGAACCGGCUUCUGCAGCUCACCGACUUCCGGGUCCAUGAGGAAACCAUGAAAUGCCACAUCGGAGGCAACAAUACAGACUACCGCAGGGCGCCCUCAGAUGAGGACUUGGGGCGCCAUCCCCAGUUGAAUCACAGCAACUCUGAUGUGAUCUCAAUAGACUGCAAUGUGAACCUGGCAGCCAAUGGAGAAGUCAGCUUCCUCUUGUAUGGCAACCUCUGGAUGAAGUCGUUAAGAGCGAUGAAAUUCAAGUCCCUGAGGUUCGUGAUCAAUGCCGCUCUGCAGAGAGGCUUCCGCAGCGCCUUUGUCUUUCGAGAAGAGGAUCCCAGCCGGCAGAUUGUAUUUGAAAUCUCCAAAGUGGAGGACUCCCAGGUUCCCAUCUGGAUCAUCAUCGGGAGCACUUUGGGUGGCCUCUUGCUGCUAGGACUGUUGGUGCUGGCGCUGUGGAAGCUGGGCUUCUUCAAGAGUGCCAACCGCAAGCAAGAGGCAGAUCAGGACCAGAACGGCAAGGACUUGGACUGAGGCCUCUGCUUCUCAACCAAGGGACUCGGUGACACCUCGCUGCCCGGUGUGGUCCGGCACCGAGGCCAUCCUUUGUGUCGGUUUGCCCUCCCAUCAUUGAUAGCAACUACACUGCCCAUAGGAGCAGGGAGGUGAAGCCAGGCAAAGGCUCUUCAAACUGGGUUUCACCAUUUCCUUCUGCUUAAGACACUGGACGCACACAGAGCAGACUCCAAAGGGAGAUCUGUCCUUCACCAAAGCGCCCAGCCUUAGCUUUUCAAGGUGCCAGAAAAGGAGUGAGGUGGCCUCUAAAACCCCUUUACCUCUCAGCAAUGCAAAGAUACCUCCAGGAAGACUUCACACUUAAAAGAGAAAAAAAGGAGACAAAAAGAAGAGGGUGUGCUACAGAAUGCAACAAGGAGGAGAAGCGCAAAGAAGGAAUCAUUCAGAAUGGAUAAUCCUGCAAAGGUGGGACACAUUCCACUCCAAAUGGAUUAUUUUGCAAAAGGUGGAGUUCACUGUUGACUGGAUUUGUCUGCAAAAGAGAGCUUUACUCCCAAAAGUAAUAACAAUCGCAUCCAAUAUUGCAGUAUUCAACAUGACAAAUGUACAAUGCAGCAAUGACUCUUGCAACCAAGAACUGUUCGGUAUCACAUUUGGAAGAUGGGCCUGGAGUGAUCCCAAUAGCUAUUGCGAAGAGAGAGAAUGUUGUAAGGAAAAGGCACAAUCACGACACACAGAGCAAACCACGUUUCACCUCUAAAUCCAAAAGGUUCCAUAGUUUACAAAGAUCCUUCUUCUGCACCUGAGGCCCAUAUGCCUUUUGAAGGGCCUGGCAUGGGAGAAGUGUCCCUAUUGACAUACAUUAUCUUUCACACAUCAGGCCUCUUUCCAAGUUGUUUUUGGGUUGUUGUGCAUUUUCUGUGCUGUAUGGCCAUGUUCCAGAAGCAUUCUCUCCUGACAUUUCACCUGCAUUUAUGGCAGGCAGCCUCAGAGGUCUGUUGUAAAUUAGGAAAACAGCGUUUAUAUAUCUUUGGAAUGUCCAGGGUGAGAGAAAGAACUCUUGUCUGUUUGAGGUAGCUAUGAAUUGGCCACCUUGAUUGGCAUUUAAUGGCCUAGCAGUUUCAAAGCCUGGCUGGUUGCUAUCUGGGGGAAUCCUUUGUUGGGAGGGGAUUAGCUGUCCCUCAUUGUUUUUUGUCUGGAAUUCUCAUGUUUUUGAGUGUUUUUCUUUAUUUACUGUUAUGAUUUUAGAGGUUUUUUUUUAAAAUACUGGUAGCCAAAUUUUGUUCAUUUUCAUGGUUUCUUCCUUUCUAUUGAAAAUACAUGUGGAUUUCAAUGGCUUCUCUGUGUAGUCUGAUAUGGUACUUGUUAAAGUGGUCCAGCAUUUCUGUGAGCAUUUCUAAUCACCUCCCAAAAAAGGAUUCCCCCAGGCAGUAAGAAGCCAGACCUUGAAACUGCUAGGCCAUUAAAUGCUAAUCAAGAUGGUCAACUGCAACAUUCACACCUACCUCAAACAAACAAGAGUUCUUUCUCCCACUCUGUACAUCAUUCCAGUUAUAUAAACUCCAUUUUCCUAGUUUCCAACAGACCUCACAACCCCUGAGGAUGCCUGCCAUAGAUGCAGACAAAAUGUCAGGAGAGAAUGCUUCUGGAACAUGACCAGACAGCUCUGAAAACUCACAGCAACCCAAUGAUUCUGGCCAUGAAAGCCUUCAAAAAUACAGGUUUCUUUUCUUAACAUGGAACAGUGAUGGGAUUUCAAUCCCCUUCUUUUAAUGCACUGAACACACAUACACCCCCACUCCCAUUGUAAGCACCUUAACACAAACCUUCUAUCUUCAGCUGUAUAUACUUUUUCUGAAUCUAUUUACUUGUUUUUAAAAGUAAAGAAAACAAGAAAAGAACCAGUCUGAAGUGUUUGCCCGCAAUUUGUGCAAUUUCCAAAACCAACCCAGACAAAAAAGAAAAUGUAUUAUAUGUAUAUAGUUGUCUAUGAUGAAAAGGUAUUGAUUUGGCCAUUUCCCCUCUUCUGCAUAGUAGUUAUUUAUGCUAUUGUUAAUAUGAAUGACUAAAAUGAGAUAUCUGUUCAGCUGAAUGCAGUAAUGUAUGUAAAAAUGCUGCAGCCAUAAGAUCUUUUUUAAGGAAAUUAAAACUUUUUAAAAAAUGAA